UUGUCAAUUGUAAACAAUCAAAAAUAAAUGAUCGCUUUCUUAAAAAAUGGAACAUAAAAGAACUUUAUAUACAUUUAUUCAACUAUAUUUAAAAGUUCGGUGAAAAUUUGUAAAAAAUAAUAAGAUAUAAAUAAUGGGUCACCAGAGGUUUAUAAAUCAAAGUUCAUACAACAGUUUCAGGUUAUGAUGUCUGAUGAAGAAAUAAUUGAAGAGAAAUUUCUUCAGGAUCAGCCAGUACUAGACCAAUUUAUUUCUGAAUUAACUUUUGAUGAAAAUGAGUCGUAUGUUCGUGUUAAAGUUCUUGGACAGGGUGCGUUUGGUGAAGCAGUUCUUUAUCGUAAAACGUUAACAAAUGAAUUAGUGGUAUGGAAAGAAAUAAAUCUGCGUAGAGCCACAGAUCGUGAACGUAAUGAUGCAGUUAAUGAAGUUGAGAUUUUAUCACAGCUUGAUCACAAUAAUAUUAUUGCAUACUACAAUGAUUUUUUUGAUGGUGAUUCUCUUUACAUUGAAAUGGAGUAUGCUAACGGAGGAACUCUUCAUCACAAAAUCAUGGCUCAAAAUGAUGUGUUAUUUCUUGAAUCUGACAUAGUUUUAUAUUUUUAUCAACUUUUGUUAGCGGUUUCAUAUAUUCACGGUAUUGGAAUUCUUCAUCGGGACAUAAAAACUUUAAAUAUAUUUUUGACUAAAGGCAAAGUGGUUAAACUAGGUGAUUUUGGAAUAUCAAAAGUCCUUGAAGAAACUCAUGGUCAUGCAAAUACUUGUGUUGGAACACCAUAUUAUAUGAGUCCAGAAUUAGUUAAAGGAGAUAGUUAUGAUAAAAAAAGUGAUAUUUGGGCAUGUGGCUGUGUGCUGUAUGAGUUAUUAACUCUUGAGAAAGUGUUCAAGGCCAGUAAUCAAUUAAAGCUUAUUGUUUCUAUAUUAGAGCAACCACAUGGGAACAUUAAUGAGCAAUAUUCAAAUGAGGUAAAAGAAAUUUUGAAUCGGAUGCUAGAGAAAGAUUUUAAUUUACGUCCUACAAGUGAUGAGUUACUAGAGUUGCCUAUAUUCAAUUUAGUAAAAGAAAUUUCUGACUCUAUGAAUUUAAAAAAAAUCUCAUCGAGAAGCUUGUCUAUCCCAGAUUCAAUUUCAACUAAAAGUGGCACAAACUUAAUGUUACCUCGAGUUUCUACGGUUACUAGUGAAGUCUUUUUUUGGGGUGGAGGAAAGCAUAUACCUCAAAAACUUGAUGUUUUUACUGGUGGAAGCACUGCCAUAGAGGUUUCUGCUGGUUUUUGUCAUUUUGCAGUGGUUACAAUUGAGAAAGAGCUUUACACUUGGGCUAAUAUACAAGGUGGAACUGAGAUAGUUGGACAGUUGUGUCAUGGUAAUAGAGCGAUGUAUCGGACACCAAAACGAGUUGAUUUUUUCACAGGAAUUCCUAUAAAACAAGCAGUUUGCGGAGAAGACUUUACCAUUAUUCUUACUGAAUCCGGAGAUGUUUAUUCUUGUGGGUCAGAUUAUUAUGGUUGUUUAGGUUGUGAAGGUAUUUAUGGAUCAAAUGUUUUGACUCCUAUUAAAAUUGAUGCUCUGUCAAAGCUAAAAGUUGUUAGUAUUGCAUGUGGCGAUUGUCAUGUUGUGGCUUUAACAAAUAUUGGUUCUGUUUAUACUUGGGGCAAUGGUGAACAUGGUAGAUUAGGUCUUGGAAAUCAAAAUGACUUUAACUUACCCCAACUUGUAACUCUACCAGAAAAAUAUAAUUAUAUUGUAAAAAUUACUUGUGGAAGAGAUAAUACAUUUAUUCUUACAUCAAACGGUCAUUUACUUGCGUUUGGAAAUAACGAGUGUAAUAAAUUGGCACUAAACCAGACAAUUAGCUUUAAAGGAAAUACAGAUAAAUCCUCUACGCAACAAAAAGUUAGUUAUGUAACAUUGCCAACACCAGUGAGACCUUUGAGAAGUUAUCGCAUUGUAUCAAUGGCUUCAGGUAAAUCACACUCAGCAGUAGUUGAUGAGUUUGGUCGUUUACUGACAUUUGGAAGCAAUACAUUCGGAGAACUUGGCUUAGGCGAUUAUCAAUCUAGAAACUUUCCAUCAUUAGUAAGUGGCUUACUUAAUGGUAAGGAAGUAACAAUAUGCAAUUGUGGCGAUAAUUUUACUGUGGUUGCUACUGCAGAUAAUCAGAUUUUCUCCUGGGGGUGUGGAGAAAAUGGUCGAUUAGGUUUAAAUUUAUCUAACGGUAUAACUAAAUGUUGUUCACCAAAACCGAUUUUUGGAUCUUUACAUAAAGUUGUUAGUAUGGCAGCUCGAUCAUGGAGUACAAUUAUUUUAGCGGAGCGGGUUCUUAAUUCAAAAUUAAUACAAACUAAGUCUCUUAGUAUAACAGAUGAAAAAAAAGCCGAGGUAAAUCGAAAAUCAAGUUUUUCCAAAGACAGAAAUUUAAAUACAACAGAUAGUUUCGGAUUUGUUUUUAAUGAAGAUGAAAAAAGCUCCAUAGAUCCCCAAAAGGCAAUUAUUGAUAAAGACAAAGAUUUCGAUGAUUCUAAUGAAGACAAGGUUCCAGUAUGGCUCCAAGAAGAGUUAGAUGGUGAUUUCAUUCCUAUUGAAGCUGAAAAAGAAAGUUUUCAUCGAAAUAUAAGAUCUGUCUCUUUUCGCGAAGCAUACUCUGCUGUUCAUUCGGAAUCUUUAAAUAACGUCUGUAUUAAAUGCGUAUCCAGGCAGCCUAAUCAUUUAGAGAUCCGCAUACAAGAACUGGAGUUAGAUCAGCUGCGGAUGCGUAAAAUAGUGAAACAACAAGAGGUUUUGAUUGAAGCUUUACGCGAAGAGAGAGAUGCAUACAUACAAUGCUGUUCAAAGCUAUUUAAACUUGCUAAAGGUUGCUAAUCCAAACGCCAUUUUUAUUUCUGCAUUAAUUCUUUGUAAUAGAACACUAAUACUAUACUAGCGAGCUGUUUCUGCUUUAUUUUUUACAUUAUUUUGUUAUUUGAAUGAUAAUUUGAUAUCGUGUUUUGAAAAUGGUUCUUAAAAUCAAUAAAUUGGUUUCAUAUUUAUUUGGGGCUUUUGAUUAAAUUUAUUUGUUUUUUUAUUACUAAUUUUUAAUAGGUGUUUUUUAAU